AGCGCCGGAACUUCCGGCUGGUGAGGCCGUCUUCCUGACCUUGGGCUCCCGCUGGUCCUCGUCCAGUCGUUCCGCGCCGUCAUGUCUGUCCUGACGCCGCUGCUGCUGAGGGGCCUGACCGGCUCGGCCCGGCGGCUCAUGGUGCCGCGCGCUCAGAUCCACUCGAAGCCGCCGCGGGAGCAGCUCGGGGUCCUGGAUGUCACCGUUGGGCUCACUUCCUGCUUCAUCUGUUGCCUCCUGCCCGCGGGCUGGGUCCUGUCACACCUGGAGAGCUACAAGAAGCGAGAGUGACAGGAUCUGGUCCCUCAUCCUGUGACUAGACCACUCUGGCCAGCCCAUCUUGAUCAUGUUCCUGCAUUGGGCUGGCCUCCCCUGGGAUCAAAUGCCAUUCAGUUCCAGUCACCUCUUCUGCAAUCAUGACCGCUCAAUGUCUCCAUGAUGACAGCUGGAACCACAAAUACUGCUUCUGCUUGGCAGGUCCCCCUUGUAACAAUAAAGUCUUAUUUAAACCUUG